CGAUUUUCUUAUCUUUGAUAAAUAGCUCGUAUGCUGCAAAAACGCUGAGGCAAAAACUCCAGUUUUUUUCAAUUUUAUGACUGGCUAUUGGGAGAGACGAUAGUUCAAAAAUGCUUAUUUUUAUCCUUUCUUUUGUGACUUUGGCUUCUGCCCAUCCACGCGCUGACUGUGGGAACUACACGACAAAGAUCCCACUUAUAGACAGUCAGAUCGUCGGAGGAGAAAACGCACGGUCGGGUCAUUGGCCAUGGAUGGCAAGCGUUCAGAGAAGGACACCUGCCGGCAACUUUGAGCAUCAUUGUGGAGGGACUUUAAUUAGGGCUAACUGGGUUCUUACUGCUGCCAAUUGUGUACCAGACGGGGAGUCAUACCAGGUUGUUCUUGGAGCACUCGAUCUUGCAUCUCCUGAUGGAGGGGAACAAACCAUCGCAGCUCAGACUAUCAUCAGGCACGAGAACUUUAACCCAGCAUCCGAGAAUAGGGCGAAUGACGUUGCCCUAAUCCAGCUGGCUAGUAACGCUAACAUCGUGAGGUACAGAGUAGAUGUCGCAUGUGUUCCACCAGCAGAUCUUCCAUACGAGGACAACCCAGCUUGCUUUAUCACCGGAUGGGGAGAAAAUGCUGAGGGUACCAGACCCACUAUUCUUCAGGAGGCACACGUUGAUGUAAUCAAUAACGCAGAAUGCGACGAAGACCUAGGAAUCACUGGUCCAGACCUAGAGGCCUCUCAGAUCUGUACAUCCGAUGAGUUGAACGACCGCAAAGCCGCAUGCUCUGGGGAUGAAGGAGGACCUCUCCAAUGCAGAGUAGACAGACAAUGGGACGUUGUAGGAAUUGCAUCCUGGCAUGGGUCAGAUGGACCAGAUUGUGAUACCGAAUCACCAACAAUAUUCACCAGGACCCAAAGCUUUAGGCAAUGGAUUCAUGACCGUGUUGGAGAGCCAACUGCAUAAUUUUUUUGAAAUUGACGCCCAUAACCUGAAACUAUUAUUAUUAUAUCCUCAUUACAUCAUGAGAUCUAGAGUAGGUUUUGCUCAUGGUGUAUCUCCUAUACCAUUGACAAACGAAAUAACGAAAUAAAACAUUGAAAGUAUUUCUUCA